AUGGAUUUACUGAAUGGGAAAUGUUUAAAUAAAAUAUUAAAAUCUAAUGGUACUACUGAAAUAACUGAUUGUAAUAAUAUAUUUUUAAAUCAUAAUGAAUUUCGUCAAUAUGGAACAAAAAUGAUUCAAUAUGUAGCUGAUUAUUUGGAGAAUAUUGAUGAAAGAAAAGUAUUUCCAAGUGUACAUCCAGGUUAUUUAGCUAAAUUAAUACCGAAUAAACCACCAAAUGAACCAGAAAGUUGGGAAGAUAUUAUGAAUGAUGUAGAAAAUCUUAUAAUGCCGGGGGUGACUCAUUGGCAACAUCCACAUUUUCAUGCUUAUUUUCCAUGUGGUUGUUCAUACACUUCAAUAUGUGCUGAUAUACUCGCUGAUGGUAUUUCAUCCAUUGGAUUUACUUGGGUUUCAAAUCCAGCUUGCACAGAACUGGAAGUUGUAAUGAUUGAUUGGAUAGCGAAAAUCUUAGGUCUACCUGAACAUUUCUUAUUUGGUGAAAAUAGCGGUGGAGUGAUACAAGGUAGCUGCAGUGAAUCCACAUUAGUCGCUUUAUUGGCUGCACGUAAUAAAGCUAUUAGACAAUAUCAAAAUAUCCAUCCGAAUGUAAAUAGUUAUGAUGCUUUAUCUAAACUUGUUGGUUAUUAUUCUGAUCAGGCACAUAGUUCAGUUGAACGAGCUGGUUUAAUAGGAAUGCUUCAAUUACGUGCAAUAAAAUCAAAUGAAUAUUAUGAAAUGGAUACAACUAUACUAGAACAAACCAUUCAAAAUGAUAUAAACAAUGGAUUAGUACCAUUUUUUUGUUGUGCUACAUUGGGUACUACAGCAACUUGUGGAUUUGAUAAAUUAAAAGAUAUUGGACCUAUUUGUGAUAAAUACAAUAUUUGGUUACAUGUAGAUGCAGCAUAUGCUGGUUCAUCAUUUAUUUGUCCAGAAUAUAGAUAUUUAAUGGAUGGAAUUGAAUAUGCAAUGUCAUUUGUAUUCAAUCCACAUAAAUGGUUACUAAUUAAUUUCGAUUGUUCAAUUGUAUGGUAUCGUGAAGUGAAUUGGGUAAAAAAUUCAUUUCAUGUUGAUCCACCCUAUUUAAAGCAUAAACAUCAACAAACUACUAUAGAUUUUCGACAUAUGCAAAUUCCAUUAGGUAGAAAAUUUAGAUCAUUAAAAUUAUGGUUCACUUUAAGAAGAUACGGUGUGAAUAAUCUACAAUUAUACAUUCGAAAUCAUAUUCAAUUAGCUCAUUAUUUUGAAAAACUUAUCAAAGAUGAUAAUCGUUUUGAAUUAGUUGCCAAUGUUUUAAUGGGUUUAGUUUGUUUUCGGAUUAAGGAUAAUAAUGAAUUAACUAAACAAUUAUAUCAUGAUAUUGAAUCAGAUGGUAGAAUUCAUUUAGUUUCAUCUGAAUUACAUUCACCGAUACCAAUUUAUUUUAUACGAUUUGCUAUCUGUUAUCAUUCAUCUAAUAAACAACAUAUUGAUUAUGCAUAUCAAGUGAUUCAUGAAUUAUGUAAUAAAUUAUAUCAAUCAAAUACAAAUAAUAAUAAACAAUGGAAUCCAGAUAAUAUUAAUUUAAUAUUACUUGACAAUGAAAAUAACAAUUGA